CCGACUUUUUCAGUCGUUGGCGGCAAUUCAUUGCGUUCGGUUUUGCUAAAUAAAGGCGGUUGAUUCGACGAGAAAAAAGAGCUACGCAGCUCGGAGUGAUUUUCGAAUAUUGUUGACAGCGAUUUUAGGUGCUCCACGAUUCCGAUGACGAUGACGCAGCCGCUGACGAAGCGGAGUUGGCUGGCGGUGGUCAUGGCGCUGCUGCUGGCGGUGGUCACCUGGCCAAAUCCCGGCCAGAGUCUGCCACAAGGUGCUCCGGAAACGGUGUGCGACACCAUGCUGCCGUUCCACUCCGGCGGCAGUAUUCUCCCCCAGAACAGUGUCUCCCCCUUCAGCGUGGAGACCUCCUCCUCCACCCUUGGUCAGGGUCAGACGCUCCGCGUGGAUCUCACGGGAGUGCCGGCUGGUCUGACCUUCGGCGGUUACAUGAUCCAGGCACGUAACCGUAAUCCACCCCAUCAGAUCGUGGGACAAUUUGGAGCCGCCCGCGAUGGCACCAUCAAGCUGAUGAACUGUGAAAACUCCGUGAACAACUCGGCCACCCACAGCAAUGCCGGGGCCAAGCAGCAGGUGCUCCUGGAGUGGCAGUCGCCGGUGGACUUCCUUGGCCAGGUGGUCUUCAACGCCACGAUUGCCCAGAGCUACAAUGAAUUCUGGGUGGGCGUACCCUCGCAGCCCGUUCAGAUAGUCCGUCGGGAUGUGUCCGGUCCACCACUGCCUACCCAGGGUCCUUCUGCCCCCCUGGGAACCACCCGAACUCCCUAUGUCCCGCCCAGCUAUGUGACACCCAACAACGUAGCCGCAGUGGUCUCCGAUCCCAUCUACAAUGGUUGCGGAGAGAGCAAGAACUGCUUUGGUUUCCCAGACGGAUGCGUGGCCUCCAAGACCUGCACCUCCAUCUCUGUGGUCACCGUGAGGGGGGAUGUCUUCGAGUUCGAGAUUCAGUCCGGCAAGGGAACCAAUGCCGCUUAUGUGGCGGUGGGUCUUUCCGAUGACGCCAAGAUGGGUGACGACUUGACCACUGAGUGCGUGCCAGAGAAUGGAAGGGUCAAUCUGUACUCCUCCCUGACUUCGGCCUCUCCCUACGCAGCUGUGAGAUCCAGUGUGAGCCAGAACUCUGCCCGCCUGUUGGAUGCCUCGAUUGUGGAUGGAGUAAUCUACUGUCGGGUGCAAAGGGAUGCGGUGACCAAUGUGCAGGGACGCACCUUUGACCUUCGCAACGGCAGGUACCACCUGUUGGUGGCCUCGGGCAGCAGCCUCAAGGAGAACAGCGUGGGCUACCACGACAUUGGACGACUGCCCUCGGCACAGGCCAUCAAUUUGGCGGAGGUGCAGGUUCUAGGCGGAUCCAGCAGACUGCUGGUGCAGCUCCACGGAGCCUUCAUGAUCGCCGCCUGGAUCGGCACGACCUCGCUGGGCAUCAUCUUUGCGCGCUACUUCAAGCAGACGUGGGUGGGCAGCCAGAGCUGCGGCAAGGACCAGUGGUUCGCCUGGCAUCGCCUGCUCAUGGUCACCACCUGGUCGCUCACGGUGGUUGCCUACGUGCUCAUCUGGGUGGAGCUGAAGCGGGCGGUGUUUCAUGCCCACUCCAUCAUUGGUAUGAUCACUGUGAUUCUGUGCUUCAUCCAGCCCAUUGGAGCCCUGUUCCGACCGGGACCGAAUGAUAAGAAGAGGCCGUACUUCAACUGGGGUCAUUGGCUGGGCGGUAACCUGGCCCACAUCCUGGGAAUUGUCACCAUCUUCUUCUCUGUUAAACUGCCCAAGGCCGAGCUGCCCGAGUGGAUGGACUGGAUCCUGGUCAGCUUCGUGGUGGUGCACGUGCUGGUCCACCUGAUAUUCUCCAUCGGAUUGUGUUUGAAUCAUUGGCAGAUCACGGGAAUGGCCUCGGAACGCCAUCUGAGCCAGCGGGCGAAUACCUUCCAAAUGGGCGACCUGUCGCAUCAUCAACAGCACGCCAUGCGGAAUGGCAUGAGCAUGGAGCGGAAAAUGGAUGCUCCGUACGGCAGCAUGCGCAAGGGAUUGCUGGGAGUCUAUGGCGUGGUGCUGGUUCUCUUCGUGGUGGUGCUGAUCCUUCUAGUGGUGCUGGCACCCAUCGAACAAUACCUGGGCAAGUCCUAGGCGCCCUGGGAUGUCUUUUAACCUGUCCCCUCCCAAUACUCGUAUCAGUUUUAUGUGCUCAUUGUUUAACCCCUUCCGCCCACGGCUCUGCCCUGCCCCCCACACCCAAUCCUCCCCUGAUCCCAUUCCCCUCCAGCGAUGUGUUGUUAAGUGUAAUUAGAAGCAAGUGUAACCUGGGGCGGAGCGUUCAGUACAUGUUAUAUAAUUUAUUAUUAAUAAAAUAAAACAAGCCAACAUAAA